CGGCGACUGACCGUGUCGCCUCCGCGUCGCGCCACCUCCUCUACAAACUAACUACAUUCACGCUUCGGGUCUUUGAGUUUAUAAACAAGUGCCAACUUUUAAACGCACCGACAACUUUUGUGGUUAAGAUUGAAAACUUUUAUUUACUUAGAUUUUUUUGAUAAGUGACUGGAAUUUGACAUGAACAAUAAGAUAAAAACUUUUUGAAACAAUAAGUGUAUGUGGACAAUACAGUGUGAGAGGAGGAGCAGGAGUCAUCAGCGAGACCGGCAGAUAGCGGAGUGUUUACGGUGCGCACGUGGCCGCGACGCCCACCGCCCGCCCGCGCGGAAAUGCCGCGAAAAACUUUCUUCCAAAACAUCCCCGUAGUAUAAGUUGAGUUUGCUGCCGAGGGGAGACGCCGCAACCACGACCAUGACUAACCUGUAGCGCCCGAUUCACAAAGCGCGGACUACAUGAACGUCGACACGAGGAGUGUUAUUUUUUUAUUAUUUUUUUUUCGUUGGAGGAGACGGUGCUCUCCGCUGGAUUGAUGAUUUAAAUGGCUAACAGUAGCGCUGUUUCGUCGACUUUGCCGGCGAGGGACUAUCAUUGUAAGGUUUGCGACCUCUACUUGGACACUCUCGAUUCGUUAGAAGUUCACUUACAAUACCAUAAAGAAAAUUUGUACGUAAAGUGGGGCACGCAAAACUCACAAAAUGAUUCCGAGAACAAUAACGGCACAAAAGUGAAGAACGAUACGACGGUGUCGGCUCCGGCUGACUCAAGCGACAACAUGAUAACCAAGCCAAGCCCCGAGUUUCAGCAGCGGGCCACGCCGGAGACCUCGGCGCAGUUUCCUCAUCCCGCGACACCGCAGAGCUACCACAGUGCACCAUCGCCUUACCAGAACCCAGACCAAACGAAUUUUUCUCCAGGAGCACAGUUUGGUAAUAACUAUAGUCACUCUGGCUUUCCGCAAAAUCAGCAUUCCGAACAAAUUAACUGGGAGCAAUCACAAUAUAACCAAGAUUAUCAUAAAGCAAAUCGCUUUCAUCCAUACAAUAUGCAAGAACGUGUAUCCCAAGUAUCAUCUUCGAGUCCAUUGUACGGGCAACCACUAAAUCAGCCAACGCCAUCACCUUCACCGAACCAAUGUGACAAGUGCGGGUUUGUAUGCGACUCCGCUGUCCAACUGAAUGAGCACUGUAAUUCAGCGCAUGCGGGCACUAGCUCCACCCCAGCUACUGCUUCUUUGCCUUUUCAACAAUUUCCUGGAAAACAAUACAAUAACGCCGGAUAUCAAAAUGACAGCGCCAAAAUUAAAGAAGAGCAUGAAGAAUCGUCAGAUAUUUUAGAUCUUGAUUCUCAAAAAGUGGUUUAUCAAGGAAACGACGGUGAACAACAGAACGCAUCCUAUGAUGACACCCCAGCUCCUGGUCGAGAAGUAAACUCCCGCACGGUACCUAUAAUGCCUUGGGAAGCACAAAAGCUAUAUAGUAGUCCUCAAAUUAACGGAGAUGUAUCUUUAUUCAAAGAUCAAAAAAUGUUCGGAGAACAAAAAGUAUAUCCACCGGAAGCCAAGAUGUUUCACCCUGAUCAAAAAUUUCCUUACGGACAAGAUAAAUUUCUCAGUGUACAUCAUGACCAGAAGCCAUUUAUGCACGUGGAUCAAAAGAUAUACCCUGGAGUUCAAAUGCCUGCGUUGACUGAUUAUACUGGUCAGGUUGGGUCUUCAAACCCUGACAUGAAGCCGCCUUACCGCCCGUACGACUCUCCAGCUGCACCCCAAAUAACAAGCACACAGCCUGCUAAUCCCACUUCAUCAGCGCUACCAUCAAUUGGGGGUAAAGGCGCUAACUGGAAAUCGAACGAAGCAAGAAGACCUAAAACUUAUAACUGUACUGCCUGUAACAAAUGGUUUACCAGUUCUGGACACCUUAAACGCCAUUACAACACUACUCUGCAUAAAAAUGCUGUGAGGUCAUCAGGUCAACCAGAUCCAGCAACAAUGCCAAUCUCCAAUCAUCACCACCCUAGUCGUGAGCCAUUGCAACCACGCUCACAGCAGCAAUCGACAGACUCCAACACCCAGAGCCCCGUCCCCUCUGAGGAUGGUCGUAGCAUUGAUGAUGCCACCCUCCAGUCGCACUACGGGUCUCAAGGCUUCGAUCGCUCUCACCGAGUUGGCGCCAUGCAGUCGAAGUCACCAUAUACGCAUCUUCAACAGGGUAAUCUAGAUAAUAAUUUCAGUAAUAAUCCUUUAGCUAAUCACCCUUUACAGCAUCAGGCCGGUUCUCAUCCGCUUAAUAUAGGUAGUCAACCGCCGGGUAUAGGGAACCCUUCCGAUAGUAAUCACCAGGGAUCUAAAGGCGCUGCAAUAACUACAGCCGGCAAUCCCCCAAACGGGGAAGCAGGUCCCUCUGUUUCUCAAAAUCACCAUAUGAGGGGCCUGCUAUCAGUGUCAACCAGCAAUAUUUCAACUCCAGUUCUAACUCAGAGUACGCCGGCUCUUACACCGCACACGCUGCCGCCGUUCAGUCAUUUGGGUGUCAACCCGUACAACCCGAGGUCUACGGAUCCUUUGGGACCUUCGGUUCCGGACCCCACGCACACCCCAUUAUAUUUGGGUCAGAAUUUUCAGCAGACUAUAGCUCCGAGUUACCCAAACGGGAGUGCCCCCCACGUUAUGGAUAUGGCUACCAACAACCUGCCUAUAGCCAGUCAGGCUACUUUUGGUGAAUCCACGCCAGAAGUAGUCGAAGUUAUGGAACAGGAAACGACUAGACAGCCUGCCAGCGGACGCUUGCCGAGCUUCGCGCAGCUCCAAACGCAGAGCUUCAGCGUUUAUGUUUCCAACUAUAUCACACCACCUAACGUGGGGGGUCAAGUCAUUGCCGACGAAUCCACCGCCGGCUAUAUUAUCGUGGAUCCAGUCCACUCUCCUCUACAAUAUAACAGUUCCCAAAUCGAAAUCGGUGGACAAACAAUGGAUUACGAUUACAGUUUUUCCCCUAAGACGAUAAAAGAUAAUGUAGUUAGUUACAAUCCAUAUUACUAUGUGGUAGAAGGGAAAACCAUAAAACGUGAAGAUGAAAUCUUUCGGACGGACUCUAGCGAGCUUCAGAUAUUGAAAAUCGAGGACAUAAUGGAUUACGCAAAUAAAGAGAACUAUGGGUCUCAAAUGAAGUCUCCGGCGAGCCCAGAGAGCGCAAAAGCUGAAAAUGAGAACCGCAGCUCGCCGGCAGUGACAUCGACGGUGAGCACGCCGCUUAGCGAGCGCAACCAGGUGAAGAAGACGGCUCUUGCCACAACGGUGCACAAAUGCUACGAGUGCGAUAAAUUAUUCAACAAGGCAUGCUACCUCACACAGCACAAUAAGACUUUCCAUUCGGGAGCUAAGCCAUUUAAGUGCGAUCGAUGCGGCAAACGCUUCUCGGACGAUGUCUCCUACGAAGGGCAUUACGUAAAGCACGCUGAAAAUAAGCCAUUUAAGUGUAACGAAUGCCCAAAGUCGUUCAAUCACAAAACAGACCUGCGCCGACACAUGUGUCUGCACUCUGGAUGUAAGCCGUUUGCAUGCGAUCAUUGCGGCAAAGGCUUCAUCAGGAAAGAUCACAUGGUCAAACACUUUGAUACCCAUAUUAAGAAAAACUUGCGUUCUUCAUCCUCUUCCACAGUGUCGUCUACGUCGUCGUCGUCAUCGACGUCUUGAGCGAUUGGCAUGUCUCUUUAUUGUUUUCACGAUAAAGAAGGUUUCGAGUGUAAAUACAUAUCAUUUAUAACUGAAGACAGAUAAACAUUGCAAUAAUGUUUUUUAAAAGUAUUAAUUACUGUAGAUCGAUUCGGAAUGUUUUGUUAUAAAGUUAUGUCCUUAGAGUCCUUAUAGGGUAAAGCGCGGCGCACUCCGGCGCAGUUUUUUGUUGUUAAUUCAACCUAACCUUGUAUCCGUUACAAGGUGACUUUAUAUUCCUGUACAUCGGAGCGCUAAACGUAUAAUUACAGCACGUUGGAGUAAUAUUCCGCGAUACAUUUAGUCAAAAUCAUAUCAUUUUACAUAUUAAUCAAAAAGUAGGUAACGGUCACAGGCCGUUCACCGUUCGUAUAUCAAAAUUACGCCGUACAUAUCCUAUUUGCGGACCGUAGAAGUUUUUACUUAGUUCGGGUAUUAUUAUUUGCGUAAUAAUUGUUAAUGUUAAAAACGCUAUGUGUGUAUUUUGAAAGUAAUUAGAGUAAUUUUUGUAUAUAAGUAAAUUGGGACUCGAUUGCCAGAUUAUUAUUUUAAGUAGAUUCUCAUAAUUAUUAUCGAUUAUACGGAUAAAUAAUAUUUUUUUGACUUUAACAUAUUCGCCGGAAAAUUUUUAAAUCGCAUACAUAAAAUUUUAAGACUUGUAACAAUUUGAAACGUUGGUACAAAUUGAAAUUAAGUAAAUGAAAUCGAAAGGAUUUCUAUUUUAUGCCAAAAAUAUAACUUGAUCAAUUUAUACAUAUUUAUAGAACCUAGUAGUAGGUUAACGUGUACCUAUGUCCAGUAUACUGGCUGGUGCCAAUCGGCGCCUCGUCCCGUGCCCCGGUGGUGGCGGUGCUGCGCUCGCGACUCCACCACGCUCGAUUUAGACUCGUUCUCGCGUCCUUGCGUAGGCGAUUCUCAUGUCUGACGUCCGUUGUACUAGGUCAAUGUUACGCGCUUUUGUUCUAGUUGUAUGUUUCUCUUCAUUAUUGCUUAUGAUUAUUGACAUUUUUCCGGUGCUUCCUAAUUAUUUCGCCUGUUAACAUUUGUUUUAAUAUUAUAAGCUAGUUAAACUCUUUGUUUAGAUGCUGAAUUUUUUCAUGAAAUUAACUAAUUUAUGUCCAAUUUUAGUUACCAUUGCGUUAUCUGAACGAAUUUAGUUUAUACAUUCCUGUUUCGUUAGUGGUAGGAAAGUAGUCUUCCUGAACGUUGCCAAAUUAAUUCCGCCAACUGUUGCGAAACAAUUUAAUUUUAAUAGUUUUUAGCCUAAUGAUAAUGAAAUUCUCUAGCAAUAAUUUAAAAUAAUAAUGUAAAUGUUUUUUGUAUAGUAUUAAAUAAAAUAUUACAAUUAUCGAUUUAAGUUUUAAACAAAUUAUAAGGAAGAUCAUGACCUUUGUAUAUAAGCGGGAAUGGAUGAAUUCACAGUAUGUUAGGACAUAUCAAGUAAUCAUAACACAAGCAUCUCAAAAUAAUCGCCUUGUUACUCAUUAUUCGCAAGCGUAAUUGAUCGAGUACAUCAUGCUGAGAUCACGACAGUUGCGCUUGCGCCGAUCCGUUUCUUGCCUCUCUGAAAACAACACCUUUAUACGUAAUAAAAAAUAGUUAUUUACGUACUAUAUAUAUCAGUAACCUUACGAGUAUUUUGAUGGGCUUGCAUCAUCUUAAUAAAUCCAUAUCGUUGGCUAUUCACAGAAUUAGUAUCCAAUAUUUCAUUUGAUACCACUUAAUAGUAAAUGUGCAAUAUGAACAUUAUAUCGACUUAAUUUUGAUAAUGUUUGUAUUUUUGAAUGUUAAUUAUAUUGCAGAAAUAUUUUUAUACAAAUAGUAUAACACUUACAUGUUGAACUACCUCAUCAGCUUAACGUAAUAUAACAUAAUGUAUAUCUUAUAAUAUCAUAUAUUCAAUUUAUACACAGAAUAAAUAUAAUUUAAAUAUUCAUAUUUUAUGUAUAUGAGACAACAAGCAAUAACGUUGGACCGAGAUGGCCUACCUCUUAGAUACGAAUUAACUUAUAUAAUCAUAAGUAUCUUUGACCGUGUACCAGAGCAUGCAUCCGCUUCUUGAUGACUUCGAUGUUUUGAAUACUUAGUGUAGCAUUUUUGUGGGGUAUCAAAGAGAUAACAAUUUUGCUUAAACAUUUACUUGUGAUGGGCCUCGUUCAUGAAGCGGAUGCAUAAACAUUAUACUUAGAAACACGCUUUUGCAGAUUUAAGAGAUUUAUAAAUUUUACAACUGUUCAUACAAAUGCAUUUAGUACAAGACAAAAGUUUAUACUUGUUGAGAGAAUUUUGUGUAAUAGAAGUAUUUUCUUCAUAGCAAUAAUGUAACCGUGACACAAUAAUGUAACAAAACUACCUCAAGUAACGAGUAAUAGGGUUAGAAGCGUUGUGAGGACGAUCUGCGAUGCGCCUGCACCUGUAUCGCCGCAAUUGAAACAAAAUACCUCAAAUUCCCAUUAUACUUUUGUUAUUCGUAGUCAC